AUGGCCACGACCUUGCAAGCUGUUCUCCGCAGUACACUAGAGAACUCCCAUCACAAUGCUGGGGAGGCCAUUAUAACCUACCAGCAAGGAGAUGUGAUCACUGAAAGCCGUCUCUCAUACACUCAGCUUCUCGAACGAGCGGAGAACAAUGCCACUCUCCUCAAGAGCAAUUUGGGGAUAAACAAUGGCUCGAUUGUUGUCCUUUAUUUUAACAACCAUGAGGACAACAUUAUCUGGCUCUGGUCUGUUCUGUUCUCAGGAGCCAUACCCGCCAUGUCUACGCCUUUUCCAGCACUAGAAGAGUUGCGCAUCAAACACAUCGCCCACGUGGACAAACUGUUCAAUAGGCCCAUCUAUCUUACGCGCAGCGACCUCAUCAAGCAGUUUCCCAAAGUUGAGGGCCUCGAUAUAUGCACCGUGGACACUCUCGAAGAUUCCUCUCCCCCUCAGGCGACGCCCAAUUCCUACACAAGUGUGCCAUCCGACACCGCCCUCCUCAUGCUCACAUCCGGUAGCACUGGCCACGCCAAAGCCGUCCCCCUCACGCACUCCCAAAUCUUGGCCUCCCUCGCCGGAAAACUGGAAAGCUGUAGCGGCCCCGAAGCACACAAAUGCGUCCUCAACUGGAUCGGGUUCGACCACGUCGCUGCCAUGGAAGCUCAUUUCCUCGCACUUAUCUCUGGAGGCGAUCAGGUUCAUAUACAUGCUUCAGAUGUUGUUACCGAACCAUUGUUGUUCUUGGAGAUGAUGCAGAAAUAUAAAGUGACGAGGUCGUUUGCGCCAAAUUUCUUCUUGGAGAAGUUGAGGCGCUCAUUGGAGUCAGCCCCGCCGACGAACCUCGACCUCAGCUCGUUAAGGGUUUUGGUCUCGGGUGGUGAAGCUAUCGUCACGAAGACGCUCCGCCAGCUUGGCAAGACACUGGUGAAAUACGGAGCACCAGCCAAUUCCAUUGUCCCAGCAUUCGGAAUGACGGAGACCUUUGCCGGUUGUAUCUUCAAUUCGGAGGUUGUUCAAGAGCAAGAUGCCGAUUUGAAUGCACCUUUCGCCUCUGUGGGGAAGGGUAUCAACGGUCUUGAAAUGCGAAUUACACCCAACCCGGAGGUGUCGGACGGCAAGAGCGGAAAUGUAGAGCUCCGUGGCCCGGUCGUACUCUCAAAGUACUUCAACAGCGUCCAAGCAACAUCCGCUGCCUUCAGUGAGGAUGGGUACUUCAAAACCGGCGAUUUAGGACACCUUGACGCGGACGGCAAUCUUCACCUCAUCGGAAGAGCCAAAGAGACAAUUCUCAUAAACGGCGUCCAUCAUCGUCCGGAUGACAUUGAGAAAGCCAUAGGAGACGCUCGACUUGAAGGUGUCAUGCCAGAUUACACUGUGGUGUUUGAGCACCGAAGAAAUGGCAUGGCCACGGAAGAAGUGUUUGUCGUCUAUCUCCCGUCCUUCGAUGUGACCGACAGUGCCGCCCUGCUCUCAACUCAUGAUGCGAUUGUCAAGAUUGCCAUGGCAGUCACGGGGACGCGACCUAGCGUUCUUCCUCUGGAUGAGAAAGUACUCCAGAAGUCGUCGCUGGGAAAGCUAUCCCGCACAAAGAUCAAAAACCUACUAAAGAGUCCUGAUCUGCUUUCUCGACAAGCCGCGUAUGAAGAGACAAUUCAGGAAGCUAGGGAAUCAACCUUCACAGCACCCGAAACCGACCUCGAGCGGCUCAUCCACCAAGUCGUCGGUACGUAUCUCAACCUCCCUCCAGAAACUUUGGGCGUCACAACCCCUAUCUUCUCGCUCGGCGUCACUUCCAUCGACAUCCUUCAACUGAAGAGCAAACUCGAGAAGCGCCUGAAGAAAACGAUCGAAACCGGUACCAUGCUCCAAAACACCACCAUCCGCUCUCUCGCGCUCGCCCUCGAUUCCACCACCACGCCCACAUACAACCCCGUAGUCACACUGCGCCCUCACGGUUCCAAGAACCCUCUCUGGCUCGUCCACCCCGGCGUAGGCGACGUUCUCGUCUUCCUCGAGCUAGCCAAACACAUGGACGACCGCCCAGUAUAUGCUCUACGCGCCAAGGGCUUCCAAGGCGAGGGAUACUUCACCUCCAUCCCCGAAGCCGUCAACGCCUACUACACCGCCAUCAAAGCCACCCAACCCCACGGUCCGUACGCCCUAGCAGGCUACUGCUACGGCGCCAUGCUCGCCUUCGAGACCUCCAAGAAACUCGAAGCACAAGGCGACGAAGUGCGAUUCCUGGGCUCGUUCGACCUGCCGCCGCAUAUUGCGUGGCGGAUGCGGCAGCUCGACUGGGUUGCUUGUCUGGCGCAUUUAGCUUUCUUCGUCGGUCUGAUUACCGAAGAUUAUUCGCACGAUGUCAUGCCGCUUUUAAGAGAAGGGAGCAAGCGGCAAGCUCUCCGGCAUAUCAUCGAUGUGGCUGAUAAAGAUCGAUGGGAGGAACUCGCGCUCACGGAGGAGGCUUUGUACUCGUGGACGACGCUCGCUCACGAGCUGCACGUCAUCGCUGUGGACUACGAGCCGCUGGGUAGUGUGCAGAGCAUUGAUGUGUUCUACGCGGAGCCGUUGAGGAUUUGCGCUUCGACGAAGGAGGAUUGGGCAAAGGGGCCGUUGAAGGAGUGGGAGGGGUUCUCGAGGCGGGAGUUGGGGAUGCAUGAUUGUCCGGGUGGGCAUUAUACGAUGAUUGGACCGGAUUGGGUGGGCGGGUUUGCGGAGAUUUUGAGGGCGGUAUUGAAGGCGAGGGGUCUUUAG